CCUGACCGUGCUUCACUAUGGCUUUUAUUGCCUACUUUUUGACUAGAGUCGAUGUGUUAAUAUAUUUAGUAAUUUGUGUUGCACUGUUCAUCUACUGGAGGAAUGGAUCUAAGAAGAGCACGUCAAACAUGCCUCCUGGACCUACCCCUCUCCCUUUCAUUGGUAACAUUAACCUGUUGGACCUCAAUCGGCUACACAACUCAUUGAUGGAGCUGUCUGAGAAAUAUGGGGAAAUCUAUACUCUGCAUGUAGGACCCAGAAAAUUAGUGGUACUUUCUGGAUAUAAGGCUGUGAAGGAAGCACUUGUCACCCGAGCUGAAGAUUUUGGAGAAAGAGCAAAUACUCCAAUAUUUGACUUAGCCUUCAACAGACAUGGUGUAAUAUUUUCCAAUGGAGAACUAUGGAAAUCUAUGAGGAGGUUCACAUUAUCAACACUUCGAGACUUUGGAAUGGGGAAGAAAUCCGUAGAAGACAAAAUUCAAGAUGAAGUAAUUGUCCUUACAGAAAGCUUUAAAUCUCACAAUGGCAAACCGUUCAAUCCACACCUGUUAGUAAACAGUGCAGUAUCCAAUGUAAUCUGCUCGAUUAUCUUUGGGAACAGGUUUGAGUAUGGUGACCCAACAUUUAAAAAAUUAAUCAGAUUGUUAGAUGAAAAUGCCAAACUGGUUGGUACUCGCAAAGUGGCGCUUUAUAAUUAUUAUCCCUUCAUUGGAUCACUUCUGGGCCUGCACAACAAAGUAAUGCAGAACAUACGAAAUCUAAAAGAUUUUAUUCUAAACUUUGUAAAGAAACGAAGAGUAGAGUUCAGUGCCAAUGACAUCACCGGAUACAUCGAUGCAUAUCUUAUGAAACAGGAACAGGAAUCAACAAAAACUAAAACAUAUUUUGAUGAGGAGAAUCUGAUUUCUGCAGUCCUGGAUCUUUUCGCCGCUGGGACUGAAACUACAUCUACAACGAUCCGCUGGGGAAUUUUGUUGAUGAUGAAGUACCCGGAGAUUCAAAAGAGGGUACAGGAUGAAAUUAAAACACAUCUUAAACCAGGACAGUUGCCGACAGUAGAAGAUAGAAAGAGAAUGCCUUAUACUGAUGCAGUGAUACAUGAACUACAAAGGUUUGCCAAUAUUGUUCCACUGAACCUGUCACACACGACUCCAAAAGAUGUGUAUUUUCGGGGUUACUGCAUCCCAAAAGGUACAGAGGUUAUUCCAUUGCUGACAUCAGUUCUGUAUGACAAGACUCAAUGGAAAACUCCAUAUCAGUUUAAUCCCAAUCACUUUUUGGAUAAAGAUGGGAAAUUUGUCCGAAAUGAUGCAUUUAUGCCUUUCUCAGCAGGAAAAAGAGUUUGUGCUGGGGAAAGCUUAGCCAAGAUGGAACUUUUCCUGUUCUUCACUGGACUUCUUCAGGCAUUUACUUUCUAUCCACCACCAGGAGUUUCCAGAGAAGAUUUGAGCCUUGUUCCCAGCAUUGGAUUCACAUUGGUCCCCACACCAUACAAGACGUGUGCCAAGCUAAACUAUUAGUGCAUGCAAAAGAAGCAAGACAACACAAAAGAUAAUGCUGCUGUUGAUUAUAUUUUAUAAUAUAUCAGAUUUUAUAUAUAUCAGAUUUUAUGUAGUAGUUUUUUAUUGUUAUUUUCACAUAUUUUAGGGUAAAACAGCUAUGUUCGCACGCCUCCCGGGAUGUAAAGCCACAUCUUUCACUGCGCUGAGUCGGGGGGGGCGUGUCAGCUGAUGCGCUCGCACUCCCGAUUAGAUAGUGGCGACGGCACACACCUCCGGGGGGAGGGGCCUACAUUAUAUCAGCUCGGCGUUCUGCUGGCCGCGCACGGCCAUCAUAGCACUGAUUCCCGCAUGCUAUAAUGCGGUCAUGCAAAUGUAAUACCUGGCAGCAUUUUUGUUAAUUGCUCCUUAGGAAUCAUGGCAGCCCAUCUCCACGCAGAAACGCGUUGAGCGAAUGUUUUAAAUCUUAAACCUUUAGCAUAUUAGGUAGGGCAGGGGAAAAUUGUGCUGAUACAUGUCAUUUUGAUCUGCAUUAUACGAUUAUUGAUGUGAAUAGGUUAGCUCGUAAACUCACUUAAAAAAAAUUAAAAUUGAGUGGGUGGGCGGCGGGAAUUCUCCGCAUAUUUCAGCAUGUGACGAUGAUGAUGGGAGGGUCCCAAUUGCACCAAUGUUUCAUUUUGAUUUUCAGGAGUUAGCACACAUUUCCCUUUUACAGGACAUGCGAUCAGAGCGGGAGAUAGCAGAAUUAUGUAAUUCUUCUGCCACAUUUAAAACAAAGAUUUUUAUCCCAUACAAUCUAGGUCACCUGCACUGGAUCGCUUUUAGGGAUCUGUGUGCACUCCAUGAAAAAACUAAAACUAAAUUGAAUUCAUCAUACAAUCAGGAAAAACAUAUUACAUCAAGUAGUAAAAGAGAUAACCUUACGUGGGACAAAUUCAAUGCACUGAGAGACCUGGAAAGGAAAACAGACAUAAUCAUCAAGGAAGCUGAUAAGGGGGGAGCGGUGGUUAUUUUGGACAAGUAUAUUUAUAAAUCAGAAGUGUUAAAAAUGUUGGAGGAUACAACAGUAUAUGCUCCUCGGAAAAGCAACAGGGUCUCUCAAGUGGAAUUCUGAGCAAGAAAGAACUGGAAUAUAUUUCUGUUGAACAUCCUGUAAUAUCGAUAUUCCAUUCACUGCCAAAGAUACAUAAAGGAGAGUUUCUACCACCUAUGAGGCCAACAGUAGCAGGAAUAGGUUCAUUCUCUGAAAGCCUCUCAGAAUGGUGGACACUCUCCUUCAACCCUUAGUGCAACUUAUACCAGGUUUCCUCAAAGAUUCAUUCUCUGAAAGCCUCUCAGAAUGGGUGGACGCUCUCCUUCAACCCUUAGUGCAGCUUAUACCAGGUUUCCUCAAAGAUACUCGUACAGUUUUGCAAUCUUUUCAUGACUUUGAAACCCGAGGGAACUUCCCCGAUAACCUUAUCAUGGGUGGACGCUCUCCUUCAACCCUUAGUGCAGCUUAUACCAGGUUUCCUCAAAGAUACUCGUACAGUUUUGCAAUCUUUUCAUGACUUUGAAUGGUGUGAUGUUUUCACAUGGAACACAGCCGACGUGGUUUCACUAUAUACUAACAUUCCUCACAAUUUGGCAAUUUCUGCUCUCAAAUUGUUUUUGGGAAGGUAUAGCAAUUAUACUUUGGAGCAGCAGGAUUUCGUCUGUAUUUCAGUAGAUUUCAAAUAUUUUCUUCAGGUUUCUGGUGUUUCUUUGGGGGCGAAAUUUUCACCCUCCAUAGCAAACAUUUUUAUGGCAUGGUGGGAGAGAAAUUUUCAGUUUGAUACUAAUAAUCCCUUUUUCCAUAAUAUAAGGUGGUAUGGACGUUAUAUCGAUGACCUGCUCUUUGUAUGGUCAGGUGAUGUAGCGGACAUACCACCUUUUGGAGAUUAUCUUAACAGCAACAUAGAUUCAUAGAACCAUGGCCGACGUUCCAUUUCCUUUUUAGAUCUGCGACUAUAUGUAGAGGACACAAAAACAAAAGUUUCCUCUGCCACUUAUAGAAAAGAAACUGCAGGGAAUACCACACUGCUAGCCACUUCAUGUCAUCCCACACAUGUAAUGAGUAAUAUACCAAAAGGAGAAAUGGUGAGAGCACAACGCAAUUGCUCCACCAUUGAGUCUUUUGUUGAUGAGGCUGCUGCUAUCAGCUCUAGGCUACACUCCAGAUUAUACUCUACAUGAUCUAAUAAGAAAGCCAUACAAUGGGAGGCAGCAUUGGAAAGAAAUACAUUAAUAUUCCCUGAGGAACCUGCUACAAAGACGAACACUCAAGGCAAAAGCAAAUCAGUCACUUAUUACCAGUUAUAGUGAGGAAUACGCUAAUAUCUGCAAAAUUGUAAAAAAAAAAAACACCUUCCGGUGUUAAAGAGAACCUGUCAUCAACUUUGUGCUGCCCAUACUAACGGGCCAAAUAAAGUAGAGACAGGUGAGUUGUUUUC